ACAUUUGUCCCUCGUUACACGCCGUACAGGACAGCUAAAAAACGUGCUAUGUUGUGACUGAAAGAGACACCGUCUGUUGAAACAGCUCAAGAUUCGGUGUGAACACAUGUUUAGCCGUGCUGGCUGUAUCAUUUCUAAACUUCUCAGUACUUUUACAGCGUAGUCGCUGCAGCUUUAAAAGCUCGAGACCGCCUGCUUUCGCCUCACCUGCGAAGCUAAACGGCUAAUAAAGCCGAAGGGGAGGAACCAAAACAACAAGGUGGCUUUAGAUACGACGUUCGGACUUGUACGAAAACCAACCUGCUAACAUGUCUUCCGCGGCAAACGACUCGAGAAAACGGAGCAAGAAGCGGUACGUGGCCGGCCACCACAGCAAGCGGUUGAAGGGCUCCCGGGAGCUGGAGGUGGGCAUGCAGGGCAUUCUCAUCACAUGCAACAUGAACGAGAGGAAGUGCACAGCGGAGGCCUUCAAUCUGCUCAAUGAGUACGCCGACAAGCUCUACGGGCCUGAGAAGUUGCAAGAUGAUAAUGGGAGCAGCAGUGAAGAACAGGAUGCUGAGGAGGAAGAUGUAGAUGUAGCACUUAAGAAGGAAGUGGCACAGCUGCAAGCAUCUGGAGCCAAACGGGAGAGACGCUUUCAAGCUUUGGACAGCGGAGCAAACAACGUCAUAUUCAUCAAAACUCAAAAUCUGGAAUCUGACAAGCUGGUUCAUCACAUCCUGUGUGACCUCCACACCACGAAGAAGAAGAAGUCACGCGUGAUCCUUCGGAUGCUCCCAGUUACUGGCACAUGCAAGGCCUUCCAGGAUGACAUGCUGAAGUAUCUGACCACUUUCCUGGAGCCUUGGUUCAAAACCCCAAACUGUGCUACCUACCAGAUCGCCUUCAAGGCCCGCAACAGCAGUCACAACAAGAGAGAUGAAAUCAUCAAAUCAAUUGCAGGACUAGUGGGGAAGCUGAACCCUAAGAACAAGGUUGAUUUGACCAACCCAGAACUGACAAUCAUAGUGGAGGUCAUCAAGGCUGUAUGUUGCAUCAGCGUGGUAAAAGACUAUACACUGUAUAGAAAGUAUAAUGUUCAGGAAGUAGUGAAAGAGGACACACCAAAGCCUGAUGUGACCACAACAAAAACAGAUUUCAGCACUGCUGAGCAGAAGGAAACGCACGACACGGACGAGACAAACAAAGAAGAGAAGGAAGGCGAAGAAGAUGGUGACAAACAUGUGCCACAUGACAACACGGAAGAUGAAAAGAGUGAAGGUCAUGGGGAGUAAGAUCUCACAUGUAGAAAAACUGCUUGCCAGUUGGUGAGUUAGAUUGAAAAAAUAACAUCAUCUCAAGUUGCUUAAUUUUGUCGCUCCUUGGUUUUAAAUAGAAGGUUCAAGGUUCCUCUCUUUUGCGACUGGGAACGUGAACCAACAAAAUAACUAGGUCAAGUCAAAGUCAAACAGAAUCCAGAUACAAUUUUAAUUUUUUUUUUAUAUUACAUUCAUGUCUGUAAUACGGUUUCGGCACAUUGUUGAGAUGUCCGUUUUAAAUACCAGUGGUUUUGAAUCAACUGUACAUGUAACCAUUCUGCAGCAAAACGUUGCCAUCAGCUGACAGGUUUAAUGCUCAGUUUGAUUUUUAAUUUCAUCUUUAAUUUAUUUUUACUCCAAGGGAAAUAGAGUUGUGUUCAGGUUAACUGGUGUAUCACACUUUUUGUAACUGUUAUCUCCUUAAGGAGUCUGUGAAUUAAAGCCACAUGUGUGUUUGACUGUUCUUGCCAAA